AUGUCUCGUCUCGCUCUCAUCACAACCAUCAUCAUCACGCUCGCCAGCGCCGCCGACGCCGUGGUCUGUACCCAGGCCGAAACCUACUGCGGCUCGCGCCUCCUCAAAGUUGACGCAAGGAAUCGCAAGGCGAUUGAAGGGGCCCUGACGUCGGGCAGACAGCCCAUCGACGACGCGCACGUCAACCAGUCUGUCUUUUGGUGUGCCCCAGCAGGUGUCCCUGUCCCAGGCGACUCGGGCCUUCUCUUCAUCACGUACUGCGGCCCUACAAACAUCUGCCAGGAAGGCGGAGCUCUCGGGGGCGUUGGCGAUGCUUGCGCGCCCUCCGUGGGUGGUGGGCUCAGCCACCGACAUCGUCAUCGAUAUUGA